AGUACUAGGUGGUACUACUCCCCCUGUUAAUAUCAACGAAGAUUUCACUUUUACGUCGGUCAGAGUCGGUUGUUUGAGGCGUCGCGUAACAACACUGACACAUUCGUCACUGUCAGUGCCCGUGUUGUCGGCGCAUAUGCCAUCAUUCUUCUUACAGGCCAAAGCCAAUAGGCUCAUAGCCUCCUGUAUUAGCAGUGCCUUGUUGGCAUAGCAAAACAUGCAAAGCCAAUGUGAGUUAGGCUUCGAACAUCUUUUAUAUGCAGUGGGACUUAAACGGGUGCACAUUUUGUGAAACCAUUUAUUGCAUUCGUCACACUGCAUUCCCUCUUCCACAGGGAACAAACAGUUUGGUUGUCCACAUUUGUGGGUACUACCAACCAUUUUAGUCUGAUUAAGGUGUAAUACAAUAUGAUCACAGUAUGAACCACAAGACAAACUCUAGCAAGAUGUCAAACCUUAACUAAAGUACUUUAAAGUAUCAAUUGAUAAAGACCAAGAAUGCUUUCGAAUGUAACAAAUACACAAAAGCCAAAAAAACUCAGUAAAAAAUCACCUUAACUGGAGUAGAUUCAAUUAAAGUGUAAAUCGUAGUUUUGAUACGUAAUUUACGAUCAAAACAGUUUAGAAAUUUAACGAGAAACAAUACCACUGUCCUUUUUAGAUAGCGCGCAUGGCGUGUGAAGCGGCUACAAAAUCCCUUCAUCUAUAGUGGUUUUUCGCUAACUAUUUAUCCUGUCUCACCAUGCUGGUGCGCCUUAUCUAGUGUAUUGACUUCCCAUUUUCUUUGCUGAAGAUGUCACUGGACAUCCAGACGGGGUUAGUGUAAUCUCCAGUAGAAGCCUAUGCUUUCCUUACAGUACUCUUAUGUUCAAGAACUGCUUCUAGUACUAACAUACUUAACCUACGACAAGAACGUAGAAACAUCGUUCCAAGUUGAGGGACCAAGAGAUAAAAUCUAACCUUCGUAAACACACUCAGUUCUAUAUCUUUUGACCAGCAUACUACUUUGUCAGUUAUUUUCCAUUUGCUUAAAUACUCUGGUCGAGGUACAUGCCCCGUAUCCUUAGACAGCGGUGUCAAGUCACCAGUCAUAUUUAACCGGUUUGGUAAGGAGUAGUAUUAAUGUAGUGUUAAUGUACAUUCUCCGUCCCUGUUCUCACUAGGAUUUUGUAUUUGCAUAGAGGUUUCUAAAGAAUUUAACCAAAAAGCUUUCGAGAAACCAAGGUAUAUCACACCAACUUUAUUUUGAGGUCGAUGAUGGCGGGUCGUAUAUUCAUCGCAUUCAGCAGACUGAUGAUCUUGGGGUGGCCCUUCCCCAAACCGUUCUGUCAGAGUGAAAAAUGUUUUUAGAUAACAAGUCGCGUAGGCCAUCAUACACCAGAGACUCCAGAAUCUUUGAGGGUACUAAAAGAAGUGCCGCCAGACGGCAAUUUGAAGGUUCAUAGCAUCAGUUGCCGUUGAAAAUUGAUGUGGUGAGUACCAACUUCCGAUUACCUUUGACUGCAUCUUGGGUUAGCAGUUGACAGGACACCGAAAUAAAGCGCAUUGCCAAGAAUAAAGGCGCGGUGAGACUAUAAUUUAUGGACGGUCUUUGAGCGAGGCUAAAGUGACCUGGUAAGCUAGCUCUGUCCUUGGGUCCACUUCGGAGACUCAUGUUAAGUUGCAGGUGGGGUCCUCGUUGUUGUGAGUCGUGCGUAAUGGUCGUUAUGCCUGAAAAUAUUUUUCUCAGGAGCGGUAAGGUAUCACUGUUGUUAUUUGCUGGGUCAUUAGAACUCAACAACUGGGGAACUCGGUCUUUGACUUUCUGAAGAGAUGUUGCGUGGUGGAGUGUUUUUGGGAUUGAAGACAAGUUUAUCGAUCAACUUUUUCUGGUGUUUUGGAGCCUUUUCCUCUAGUUACUCGCUUGUUUGGACCGCCUAUAUGUACUACCGUCAUUAGUUCGUUUGUAUUCCUAGUAGUAUAUUUUACGUAUUUUACAUACUAUUCCUUGUGACUUAAAGCUGCUUAUAGCUUUUGAGUGUCAUUCUUGGAACAGACUGGUUUGUAGCACGUAAGUUUAUGUUAAUUAAAAAUUCCAAUAAGCAACCACGUUGAAUUGAGGGUAGGUCUUUCACUUUACCUGAUGCAAAUUUUUCUUUAAAGUUAAGUGUCCGAAACCUCAACGCCCAUUUCCAGAAGAGUGUUUUAGUUCAGUUCUGUAAGUAAGACUGUUUCCUCUGAUGGUGUGGUUCCUUUUCUCCAGGCGAGUCAGGAUUGAGAGAUUAUCAACUAUAAAUUCUUCGUUUGUGAAGAUGCAGUCUAAUUGUGAUAACGUGCAGCUAUUUCUCCACCUAGUUGCUGACUUCACAUCAAAUAAUCGUAGUUGCUCAAUGAACUUAAAGAACUGAGCUUAGUAUUAUUUGCAUCACUUAGUUCUCACAACUCAUCCAACUUAAGACGGCAUAUGCGAACGAACAAUAUUGUUUUCCGUUGGGUCCUCAUGCUUUACUCUAUUAUACCGUAAUUUCUAUGUGGAAAUGUCGAAGUAUUAAACCAGUUAAGGUAAAUUAUGAGUUAUUGAUAACAGUGAAAUAGAUUACGUAAAUAAACAUUACGAGUAAAAAUUACAACUUGGCAGUGUAAUGACGGGUUUACCAGCUGUGAUAAGAAUAAUGAAAUCUUGAACCAAUUUUUUGUAGUAGGAAGUAGGUUAAUGACUUAAAAGACACAUGGUUCUAGUUUAACAGUAUGAGGACUUAAUAUUUUAAAGCCACGUAGUAACCCAUUUUGUAUGGUAAACUUGCGGCGUUCGUAUAUAGAGUCAAUGCUUUCGAUUUGAAGCCCAUAUCUUGGUUCUGUUAGUCUAGACGUGCUUUAUAUGAAUGAACAAGAUACAUACGUACAUAUGGCUUUACGAAUACGUAGUCUCCGCCCCUUUCACCUUAUUUCGUCCUUGACACUCCACAAGUGAAAUGGGCAGUUAGAGUUUGUUCUUCUACCGGCAUCGUUGGGACUGUCCGGAUGCAUGUAGACUCCUGUUGGUAACUGGUAUCGAAAUGUCUCAAAAGUGACAGUCGGCAUUUAAGAGGAAGAAAACCCUAUUUUGAGCAGCUACGGUCUAGUAUUCCUGUCCUUAACCAAUAGUACUGCUUAUUGAGUUAAGAUAUUUUUGAACACCAAUGACUGUUUUAUAAACUUCCACUCUUGAAUAUGAUAUGCUUCAUCAUUGAGGUCCAUGUUUUCUAGGAUACCUCUGACAGUAAUGUCCUUUCCGCGAAAGAAUUCGCAAGAUUCCUUAGGGCCAUUCCUGAUGAAAUUGCAGUGCGAAUAUUACAUAUUUAGGAGUAUUCACAUGUUCUCCCUGAGGAUUUAGCAAGUGACUAGCCAGCACAACAUCCGCAUCGUCAGCAAUGGGGAGCGUUACUUAGGGUUUGGAAUUACUUAGUUUCCUACCCUUGGGUAAGUCGUUUGGUCGUUAGUGGUUCAGUUUCAAAAAAUCAUGAGCUUCCUGCUUAAGUUCUGGUUUUUCCCCUUUAAACUGAGAUAAAGGUCAGAGUGGUCUCUUAGUUUCAUGAUUAUUAAAGAAUCAUCACUAACCUUUACUGUUAUGUUGAGGUUGGGGUCCUUUGUGUUUCACCGUUGAAUUGUGGUUCGAGUUCUCACGUUUCUUAAUGACCGGUUGGACAAUUUUAUUAGCAGCUUUUAUGACUAGUGUAUUAACUGAGCUCCUCCCAAGACCUAGGCAGUUGAGCAUUUUCAACGCUGACGGAUUAUUUUUAACCCUGUUAAAAGUAGUCCAAUCGCUCAUAGUAACCUUCUUGACUGACCAUAACUGCAUUUAGAGGAACUAAAGUGGGAGACACAAAUUUGACAAAAGAAUUUAAUACUGUUGAUGUUUUGGCGGUUCUGAGUUGCAGCCUAUCAUUAUUUUCAAAAGAAACUUCGGUACUAACCCUUGCUGCCUAAGGGAGAUAAACUCUCUGAUCCAGUAAAGUUCCUAGUGUAACGAACCUGUCUGAUGUGUUGCUCAAAUAAAAAAAAUUCCCUAUUGUUCAUCCACUUUAUUUCAGUCUCCGGAUAUUAGGUCACUGUUGAACCUAUUGUAAUAUAUCUACUUAAUAUUUCAAGCCACGAUUCGGUGCUUUAAUUCUAUAUUCCAAAUGAGGCUUUCUAUACAUCGAGUAUAAUAUACUUGACUUAUUUUCAUUCAAGCUAAGACAAUGAAUUCGUGAAGUUGUUGCUAAAUAAAUAUCCUCCCUUGGUUAUUUAUUCAUUUUAAUCACUUUUUGGUUUAGAUUUCCGCAACUCAGUUUGAAUAGGGAUUCGACUAUCGGCCACUAUAUCUCAGAUCCCGCUGCACUUCGGUUUUGGUAGCUACAUAAUAUCAUUAGCUCCCCUCUGAAGGUCGACUACACUACUCUGUAUUACCAAUCUUCUUCAACGUACUUCCAUAAGAAACUGUAACAAAAUGGGUAAGAAGAAAGGUUAUGGGAAGAGAAGUAGCAGUAGUAGCAGCAGCAGUUCCAGCAGUAGCUCUGGUGGCAGGUACAGGCCUGAACGAAUUGAGAAGCGACGUUUGAAGUACAGAAAAAAAAUGAUGAAAAAAAACCGUUGUAUUUGCGGAUAUUGCCUUCAUGGUGUUCUAGCCUGCGACCAAAACUUUAUGCAAAGAUAUCAGCAUGGGAUGACAGGAGGAUAUGGACCAGGUGGACAAAAUAUUGGAGGUGGUUAUCAUAAACACAACCCACUUUACCCCAAUCCCAUGACACCACAAUAUCCACCUGCACAGCCUUUCAACCCCAUGCAACAAGCUUCAAUGAUGCCACAACAACCUGCAGUCUGUCCUAAUCCUGGUUUGUUUCCACAAUCAAAUUCAUUCUCUCAACCUGGAGGCUCUCACCAAACAGGUUAUUUUCCGCAACCAGGAAUGCCACAGCAAAAUUAUGGUCCAGGUCAUCAUGGAAACCAGCCAUAUCCCUCUUAAUUUUCUAAAUCCUUGCAGUACGCACAUAUCUGCUAUGACAAGAAAAACAACGAGAUAUCUGUUUGUAAGACUCUUGUCGUAUAUUCUAUUUAGAAACGUAAUUUAAUUUAUUUUAUACUUUUAAAAUCUUCUGUUAUUACUCUGUUAAGGAAAUAAAAGUACUAAACACGU